CGACUUCAGAAGGAGCAAAAACGCCGAGAGAGCAAACGUGCCAAAGUCCGUCAAGAUGAGUACCGGAAGGAGUGCAUAGUUAAAACCUUUCCAAAAACAAAGCAAGACUUUGACGCACUCUAUGCUCAGGUGCAGAUGUGGAAAGAAAACGAAUUAAAGCAGAUUUGUGAGAAAUAUUCAGGUGCCCCUAAAAUCGCCGAAAUGAACAUGUUGCUCGACAAAGAAGUUCAGCUACUAAAUGGAAUUGAGCGGCAGCGACAAAUACUGCAAGAAGAAGCGAAGAAAGUGCGCAAUGAACAAAUUUUGAAAAAGCUCGGUGACCCUGUGAAAUGGGUCGGCUAUAACAGCUUGAUUAUUCAAAUGGAUACGUUGAAGAAUCAGAGAGCGCGGUAUUUAUCGAACUACUACCGAAAGAUGGCAGACGAAACACUAGGGACCCAUGAGCGGAUUACGCUUCUUAAUCGCCUUUCCGAUGUCAUCGCCAAAGAGGCACAUCCAGCAGUGGAUGAGUUGGAAACAUUAAUAAAUCGAGAAAGAGAAUUACUUUUAUGUAAUGUUAAGGAGGCAGGACUGGAUUUGCUUCGGAAGCGUCAAUUGCCACCAUUAUUGGAUAUUAUUUUAACGGAUGCAACAGAGGAUGACGACAAAAAGAAGCUAAAUACACGACUUUGCAAGAAAUGUAGCCGAGUGCGACCGACAGCAAAAUUUCCGUUGGAUACGCGUCAAACAUCAGCUAGCAUUUGCGAGCGAUGCAUUGACCUUCAAGGACCGGCCGUUGAUAUAGCAAUUUAUCGUUCAAUACUAAGAUCAAUACGACGGGAUGAGAAAAAACGUGGUGCCCUUUCAUCAUUUGCGUUCAUAAUUCAAGAUAACGACAUCAAACACAUUGUGGAGAAUAUCUGGCAUGGUCAUUCGGCUAUUUCCUACGCGACCAAUCGAGCUGAACUGCGGCUUCCUCGGUGGGACAUAGCUAACGAUUGGGCACCGUGGAAUUGUAUAUGCCUGACAGAAAGUGAAGCUAGAGCACACUUGAAGAUUGUCAACCUGGAGCUUUAUUAUGAGAAGAGCAUCAUACAGAACAUAAAGAACAAACAUGCGCUAUCUAAAUCUGCAUUCAAGCAGUUGCGGGACAUUGAUCAAGUGUUCGUUGAAUCCGGAACCUGGUGGCAAGUUGGGUUGGGUGGAAGUAAUAUUGAAAAUUAAAAUUGAGUAAGAAAACCCA